CCAUUAGGGACAUUUUCAAAUUCUUCAACUAAAGGAGAACAAGGCUGCACUCAGUGCACCCCAGGUGGUUUUUAUUCAGAUGUUCUCGCCCACGUUGGGAUAAAUUGCAAGAAAUGUCCAACUGGUUCCUAUGUUCCCUUUGAUAAAGCUCCCGGAAAGCAAAAACAAGAUUGCAAAUCUUGCCCAGAAGGAACUGAAACUGACUUCUUUGCUGGUUAUCGGGCUUGUAAAUGUUUGGAGGGAUUCUACAGAACUCACAUGUUCGAAAAGUGCUUCAAAUGUGGACAUGGACUGGAAUGUCAAAAUGAUUACGCUUCUCUAAAACCUGGUUAUUGGUGGGAUUGGCAGAAUGAGUCACACAUUGAUCGCUACAAAGAAUUCAUAAAAAACCUCCAGCUAUCUCGCCCAGCAUUAGAUAAUUCUAGUGUCCAAAUUCCCUACCCGCUACCGACACCUUUCAAGUGUCCAGUCGAAGGGUCAUGCAUGGGUGGGUUAAACUCUCAAUGUAAGAAGGGUUAUGAGGGUCCUCUCUGCGCUGUCUGCAGUCCAGGAUACUAUAAACAGCUACAAAUUUGCAAGAAGUGCCCUACAAAGAAGCUGAUGAUUGCACAGUUAACAAUCAUUGGUGCAAUUUUAUUGAUAAUCGCUUCAAUCGUGGUAUGGACGAGUAGGAGAAAGAAGAAGAAGAUUCAAGAAAGUUCCCCGAUGGACAUCUUUCUGUCCAAACUUAAGAUUGUUAUUGGGUUCUAUCAGGUCACCUACGGCCUAUUGGAAGCAUUCUCGUACAUAAAAUGGCCAGGUUCUCUGCAAGUUAUUGGCAAGUAUUCUGAAAUACUUCAGAUGAAUGUCCUUCAGGUUGCACCCAUUGACUGCCUGUACCCAGGCUUGUCCGUCGAUGCGUUCGGAAACUUGUACGCAACGAUGGCAAUAAAUGCAGCUCUCAUUUGCGUGUCUGGUGCUAUCUACGUCUUUCGGAGAGUGGUCAUCUACAGGAAUCCUCUUUUGGAAGAAAAUGAAAAGGCAUCUAAACUGUCCGAGGCAAAAAAGGCUAUUUACAGGAAUUUGUUUUUCUUGCUCUACGUUACAUACCUAAGCACUUGUACCAAAACAGCUAAUGUCAUGCCACUGACUUGCCGCGAAAUUUGCCGAGAUGAAAAAGAAACGGGAUGCGACAGUUUCCUGAAAGGUGAUUACAGCAUUCAGUGUCACGUUCCAAAAUAUGACAAAAUGCUAAUUGUGGCCUACAUCUCUACUGCUUACGUUUUUGUCCUUCCUGUUGCUUCGUUUCUCGUCCUUUGGAGGCAUAAACGGAAAAUCAUACAAACAGAGAGUGACGAGGAGGAAAACUCUGGCAUGGAAAUUAUCACAGGACUGCGCUUCCUUUUCGAAAACUAUAACCCUCGCACGUGGUUUUGGGAACUUAUCGAGAUGUCUCGGAAGGUAAUCCUGACUUCCGGUCUGAUACUUGUGGGGCAAGAAAGCAGGUCUUACGUUGGCUUAGCAUGGGUCAUGGCUGGGAUGUAUGGAAUGCUAUUUUCGUGGAACAGACCCAUACAAGACAAGACCGAGAACAGAAUGAUGGCGACGUCUCUCGCAGUUACUGUUGUCAACUUAGGAAUAGGGGCAGUGAGCAGGAUUCCAGCAGAAAAUUUGCCGCCAGGCUCCACUGAUGCUUACGUGGAGGAUGUUUUGUUCAAGAUCUUGGUGCUGGGAGCAAACACUUUAGUGAUUGGACAAGUUGCUGUUCAGUAUGUCCUGCAUUUGUACGGAUACUUCAAGGAAUGGCAAAAAAAUCCACAGUGGUCCCUCUCGUGCUUCCUGGCCCUGUUCCUCCCCCUCAGUGGCCUGCAGGCGGAAGUGACCGGUAUGGUUGAGACGAAUGUCCUUGAUAAUCAGCUGCAAACAGGGCAAGAGGAGAUGCCCACCCUUGUUAGUGCGGUAAAGGACAGUGGUGUCGUUGAUGUUACACUCGAGGAAGGCGAACAGCAGCAAGAAACCAUGUCCAGGGAAGGUGAAGAAAUUGGUAAACACGAGAUCGCUAAGGUGUUUUGCGAUCGAGGUAGCCAGACGAGGCUGCGUUCACAAUCUACCUUUAAGGACGCAAGGAAUUGGAAUUCACAUUUCUAAAUCCAAAUUUUCGUUAUCAACGCAUAUAUACCACCGUCAAAGGAUUCUUUACAAAAUAAUUUAAUCUUGUAGAGAAUCUCUGUCUAAUCCAAAAAGUUAAUGAUAAUUCUAUUACUCCAAGU